CGCCCCUCUCAUCAACAAAACAAUAAUGCAAACCGAACGCGCAUCUACCAUUGCACAUUUACAACAAGAAAAUAGCCAACAUGAAGAAGCCCUUAGUAGGAAGAGCAGCUUGAAUGCCAGACUGGUUGACAUUCGUGGCAGAGCUGUUGGAGACUCCGUCCUUGUUGCCCUCCUCGAUCGUUCGCGAGACAUGGAGGAUCUAGUAUCGCGAAACACAGACUUUUUUGAAGUGAUAGAGCAUCACAUACGUGAAUCUCAAGGAAAAGAAGCAUGGGAUGAAUUCAAGCAUAUCAUGUUCUCUCCCAGAGAAACUGUGCCCGAUGGUCCUUGGCUGGAUUCAUUAGUCGCCAAGCUGGACUCUAACCCAACCUUCAUCGCCAAAUUUUAUGAAAUCGUUGGUUACGAUGUGUAUGAUUCUGAUUCUGAACCAGAGGAUGAGGCUGAAAAUCGUGGGGGUAAUCUGCAUCUGAACCGGCAAGAAGUUGACAGCGAGGCGGAUGACGACCUCAUCGAUCUACGUCAACUCCGAAAUUACCCAGACCUUCAACAGCAGCUACCAGAUGCGUUUCCGGCUUUCUUCCGCAACGUAAAACACUGUCUAUCACAAGGAUGCAGCUCAGAUGCAAUCAGCAUCCCAUCACGUCGAAACUCUGUAUAUGCUGAUAGCCUUGCCGAUGAUGUUGACGUUGAUGUUGCAGAAGUUCGACAUCAAAAUAUUAACGUCGAUGCAGAGGGCGACUACGAAACGUUCAUAUCCGUAUUGAAGACUUCGCGAAGGGAACAGCCAAAUGAUGACAAAUGGCAAGAGGAGAUCUUUGACUCGCUUGAAGGAUGGCCAAACUUGUUAGAGGAACUAAAAGAAAUUGUCACAGGCGUCUAUAAUGCACGCGAAAUUCAGUAACAACAUUUAGUAUCUGGAGCCAUGGAUAUAAUGUUUAAGUUUACUCA